AAGUGACGUGAUCGGUCAUACUCGUUUGUAAGUCCACAGUGGAUGUGCAAAUCAUACUACAUGUAUUAACUGCCUUGAUUUUCUGUGCUCAUUUUAUUUGGAUAGAAAUAUGAUUCCGCCGAUCAUCGCGAACUACUGUUCGUCGUUCGACUGAAUGGGUCUGUGAGGAAAUUCCAACAUGGCCGAAAUAACAAAGGAGUCAGUCACAGAGGGAGAAAAAGAUGAAUCUCGUUUUCGUAAAGAAAAAAUUAAAUAUACGCCGGAGGAGGAGGCCAAGCUGGAGAGGCAACACUUCUGGAAGGUGGUUGAUGCGUUCAGAUAUUACAGGAUCCAUAUUCUGGAACAGGUGAACCGGGCCAAGCGUCAGUUUUGGAGCCUCCCGCAGCACCACCAGGUGCUGCUGCCGGGUGUCCUGGCCAACCUCACCUGCCUCAGUCAGUGUGUUGAGAGAAACCAGGAGAUCUUGCAGGCUAUUGUUCUCAACUGUUUACACAUGUUUGAGAACAUGGCGUAUGGUGAGGAGGAUGAUUUAAGGAAGGUGCGUCCCUCUUCUACAUUUGACAUGGACAAGCUGAAAUCCACAAUCAAACAAUUUGUCCGAGACUGGAGUGAGGCAGGCCAGGCUGAGAGAGAAUCCUGCUACCAGCCCCUUAUCCGAGAGAUCCAGAGACUGUUCCCAAGUGACCAAUACGAUGUGUCUAAGGUGAGCGUGCUGGUUCCAGGUGCAGGCCUUGGCCGUCUAGCCUGGGAGAUCGCUCGACUUGGUUAUAUCUGCCAAGGCAAUGAAUGGAGCUUCUUCAUGCUCUUCUCUUCAAACUUUGUUCUCAACAGGUGUGACACGGUGAACUCUCUGACAUUGUACCCCUGGAUCCACCAGUUCAGCAACAACAAGAAAUCAUCUGACCAGACACGUCCCAUCAGCUUUCCUGAUGUCAACCCCCAGGAUUUGCCGCUUGAUUCAGACUUUUCCAUGGUAGCAGGGGAUUUUCUGGAGGUUUACACUGAGCCAGAGUCCUGGGAUUGUGUGGCCACCUGCUUCUUUAUUGACACAGCUCACAAUGUCUUGGACUAUGUAGAAACCAUCUGGAAGAUUCUUAAGCCUGGUGGGGUCUGGGUUAACCUGGGUCCUCUGCUGUACCACUUUGAGAACAUGGCUAAUGAACUUUCAGUUGAACUGAGCUACGAGGACAUCAGGGAAGCUAUCAUUAAAUAUGGCUUUCACAUCGAGGUGGAAAGAGAGUCAGUUCAGACUACUUACACAGAAAAUGACCGCUCUAUGUUAAAAUACGUCUAUGACUGUGUCUUCUUUGUGGCGCGGAAACCCACUCACCUGUACACCAAUGGCCAACAAGAUGAGCAACCUCACAACUCACCAUCAGCAGCUAAAUCGCCACGAUGAGAAGCUGACAGCCUGACGUGAUAGAAAGUCAUUUGAUACGGACAAAUCUUAAAGGAAAGUGGCUCUUUGUUAAGAUUACAUCAGAUGACGAAAGCAAAGAAAAAUGUCUACAGAAUCAAAAGACUAAGAAGAUGUUUUUAUUUUCACUCCUGCUUUAAUGCAUAUCUCAUGGAGAAAAUCACCUCCCAAAUCCCCCUUGCUUUUUUUUUUUUUGGGUGCAGGAUAACCCCAAAAUGUACGUUGUCAUGUUUUAAAUUGGCAGAGUAUAUGGUCCUUUUUCUACAUGAUUCUGAUGAGUCUAAAUGGGUAAAAAUCUGGGUUUCCACUGGGCAAGUUGUUCCUCUGUGCUGUCUUUAAAGGAUAUUUCUGUUUUUUGUUUUUUUUUACAGUGGUGUCUUUUGAGGCCACGGAUUAGGAGCCUUAAGCCUGUCCUUUCAACAAGGAAAAAUACUGAAGUGCUUCAGUAAGACAAUUUCCCAUUAUCCAUGACUUUUCUAUUGCACUGGCUGGGCAGUUAUUUCAUGGGUACUACAAUGAGUCUUUUCUGAUUCUGAAACCAGGAAGUAGCUCGGCAAUGCAACACCCGCACUUUUUCCCACUUUCAAAUACGUGGGUUCGCUAAUUAGAUUGAGUUGUACUUGUUGAAACAUGUCUUUCGCGGCACCAUAAGAACUCAUUGUGUAUCAAGAUCUUCACAAUGACGCGGGUGAAUAAAGUGUGAUGUAAUCGAAAAGCAUGAUGGCAAAAACUAACAACCUCCCCUCGCCUAGGUCGUCCGUCAGGACGCCCCAAAUAAGACAAAAGGUUGUGAAAAAUCGGAAUGAUCCCUUAAUGGUUUUUCAGUCAGUUAUAAGUAACCUGACUUUUCUUGUUGCAGUCUUGUUGGUUCUCACUGUCUGAUGGCAAAAUGAGCGUGUAUAUCAAUGGGAACGAAUGUAUGACAGGUUUGAUUCUGGUUUAUGCCUCGAUCAUGUACACCUUGUAUCUUUUUUUUUUUUUCAAAAAACUGUGCCAUGAACUGUCGUCUCAGUUGUGAUCACCGGGUUGCUUUGAAGCUUAAACUGGUGUUUAUUUCAACUGUUUUUUUUUU